AUGUGGAUCCCUUUUGUCCAGUCUUGGAAGUAUCCUAGAAGUCAGAAGACUCCUGGGAGCAGUCUGACUGUGUAUGCUGGGUACAUCAAGUCCCUGGUGCCCUUGGAGCACUUCACGGUGCUCUGCAGAGCAACGCAGGACAGCAACAGCGGGCAGUCUCCAAACAUCCACAACUACCCAGAUAUGGAAGCUGUACCCUUGUUACUAAACAACAUGAAGGCAGAUCCCUCGGAGGAUUCAUUAUCUACAGACCAUUUUCAAACACAGACUGAACCAGUGGACUUGUCAAUAAACAAAGCCAGGUCAUCACCUACAGCAGCUUCAUCGUCACCGGUUUCCAUGACAGCAUCAGCCUCCUCCCCUUCUUCUACUUCUACUUCUUCUUCUAGUCGGCCAGCUUCAUCACCCACAGUAAUAACAUCGGUAUCCUCAGCAGCAUCUGUACCGUCAGUAUUAACUCCAGGUCCUCUUGUGGCCUCUGCAUCUGGUGUUGGAGGCCAGCAAUUUUUGCACAUUAUCCAUCCAGUACCACCUUCAAGCCCCAUGAACUUGCAGUCCAACAAAAUGAGUCAUGUGCACCGUAUCCCCGUGGUGGUACAGUCGGUACCUGUCGUCUAUACAGCUGUGAGAUCACCUGGGAAUAUGAACAACACUAUAGUAGUACCACUGUUGGAGGAUGGGAGAAGCCACGUCAAAGGUAAGGUGGAACCAGUUUUGUGCAUCUGUGGCAUCUCUAAAACCACUCUUGUAUGUGGAGAAUGUAACCACGUUAUAAAGCUGUUAGUUUCCAAACUUAAUGUGUCAUUUGCUGAAAAGACGUAA